GUGUGUGCACCCUUGAGAUAUUGCUCUGAGUGACUUACCUGCAGCAGGUAAGAAAACCAGCAGGAACCAAGAACCCCAGGCAAUAAUGCUACCUUAUGGAAGAGAAAGUCCACUUCAGUGCCGCCGACCUGCAGGGAGAGGAAGAGACUUAGGUGCACCACCUUACACCUUCUGUCCCAGCCCUCAAGCCCUCCAGAAGCAUUCUGCCCCUCGACCAUAUCUGUUCCCCACAGUCAAUACUGUGAGUCAUCCUGACCUUGACUGCUUAUGCCCAGCAACUCCUGGGCAUUUGACUGAAAACACAGAAAAGUAUGAAUUGGACAGCUGUUCUUCAAAACCAUGGGAGAACUCCCACACAGGCUUGGACAAGAUGCAGAAACAAGCACUUGGCACAUGUGCAAGAACCAAAUCCAUCCUCACGAACCUUCUUAAGGUACCCCUGAUGUUUGGCUUUUUGUACCUGUUUGUGUGCUCCCUCGAUGUGCUGAGCUCUGCCUUCCAGCUGGCAGGAGGCAAAGUAGCAGGGGACAUUUUCAAGGACAAUGCCAUCCUCUCCAACCCAGUGGCAGGGCUUGUAGUAGGAAUCCUCGUCACUGUCCUGGUUCAGAGCUCCAGCACUUCCACCUCCAUCAUUGUCAGCAUGGUCUCCUCAGGAUUGUUGGAGGUACAUUCAGCCAUCCCCAUCAUCAUGGGCUCCAACAUUGGUACCUCAGUCACCAGCACUAUUGUGGCACUCAUGCAGGCUGGUGAUCGAAGUGAAUUUAAGAGAGCCUUUGCAGGAGCAACCAUCCAUGAUUGCUUCAACUGGCUGUCCGUGCUGGUUUUGCUGCCUCUUGAAGUGGUUAGUGGCUACCUGUACCACAUCACCAAGAUUGCUGUGACAACCCUCAACUUCCACACUGGACAGGAUGCCCCAGAGCUGCUGAAGGUCAUCACAGAGCCCUUCACCCGCCUUAUUAUUCAGCUGGAUAAGUCAGUAAUCACAGGCAUCGCUGUAGGGGAUGACAGCUUGAAGAACAAGAGUCUGAUCCGUGUGUGGUGUGAAGCACCAACCUCGCAGAUUUCUACAGGAACUAAAGGAAGAUUCUUGAAUUGCAGCUCCCUUGCCCCAGGCAGUGUGGAAAGUGCUAGGAACCUCAGCAAUGCCUUGCAACAUAAAUGCAAUCAUCUGUUUGUGGACUCCUCUCUGCCAGACUUAGCUGUGGGCCUCAUGUUGCUGGCUGGCUCUCUGAUUGUGCUGUGCACCUGCCUGAUAAUGCUGGUCAAACUGCUCAACUCUGUGCUCAAAGGCCAGGUGGCCAGAGCUAUCCAGAAGGUCAUCAAUACAGAUCUGCCAUCCCCUUUCAGUUGGGUCACUGGUUACUUCGCCAUGCUUGUUGGUGCUGGAAUGACCUUCGUUGUACAGAGCAGCUCGGUCUUCACAUCAGCAAUCACUCCACUCAUUGGCCUUGGGGUGAUUAGCUUAGAGCGUGCUUAUCCACUUACCCUGGGUUCCAACAUCGGGACUACAACUACUGCUAUCCUAGCUGCUUUGACAAGUCCUGGAGACAAAUUGGCCAGUGCUUUCCAGAUUGCUCUCUGCCAUUUCUUCUUCAACAUUUCUGGAAUCUUGCUGUGGUACCCUUUGCCUUGCACCCGCCUGCCAAUUCGGAUGGCUAGGGCACUAGGAGAGUGCACAGCCAAAUACCGCUGGUUUGCUGUCUUUUACCUGAUCCUCUGCUUCCUACUGUUGCCAUGUCUGGUUUUUGGGCUCUCCAUGGCAGGGUGGCAGAUCCUGGUAUGUGUGGGCGCUCCUUUCCUUAGCCUUCUGUCCUUCUUGGCCUUUGUCAAUGUCAUGCAAUCACGAAACCCUGGUCGGCUGCCAAGCUGGCUUCGGACUUGGGAGUUCCUGCCAUACUGGGUACGCUCUCUGCAACCCCUGGAUGCCAUCAUCGCCAGAGCCACGUUGUGCUGUGCUGACUCAAGCAACCCAGAAGAAUGCAGAGAUGUGUCUUCUUGCAUCAAGACCACAGCAGGCCUGCACAACCCUGCAAUCACCUUCUUGGAGGAAUUGUCUCUAUCCCCGGGGCCCUCACCCAAGCUAAAUUCAUUGCAAAUGCAAAGGGCUACUCAUUUGUAACCUAUGAUGGAGCAUGGCUCCCUCUCUUCCCUGCAAGCAGCACUGCUUAGUGGAAAAGCUGUCAUAGGAUCAAGCUUUGAGAACAUGAAGGUGCAAUUGCUAUGGCAAAGAAUUUUGGGGCUGAGUGCUGUGAGACUGCAGCUUUAUCAAUGCCAUUUGGGAUUCAUGUGUGUGCAUCUUCUUUACAGGCAUUGUGGGUGUAUCUAGACUAUCUGCCAUUGUGCGUAUGGGAUGUUUGUAUGCCUUGUGAUUAUGCACAUAACUGCCAUAGUGUAUAUGUAUGUUUGCAUCCAUGAAUGCAUGUAAAGCUGAAAUUCAGCCAUUGCAGUUUUGUUUGUGCCUCUCAUGUAUGAGGGUGUAUGUAUAUAGUGCAUUGGAUAUAAUGCCCAAGGUGAAUCUUGGAAUGCCUGUGCUCCAAAUAUUCCAUGUGGUAGAGGCAUUAUCUGGUCAUUGCUGGGGAUUUUCCUACAUAGCAUUUUACAGGAUGCAGGACAUAGAUGCCAUAUUAGACACAGUUGGGUAGUGGUGCUUGGAGAGCAUUCUUCACCUUCUUAACUGACCCAAUAUAGUAUUAAUAGCCUCUUGCCUACCUCUUGCCUUUUGUAAGGAAUAUCUCAGCACCUGGCAUGGUAGUUCCUUGUCAGCACUUGAAACAAUGCUUCAGUGAUUUUUUUAAAUGGUAAAAAUGACUAAGUAAUCUCUGGAUGACUCUACUUUCACAGAUCUAUUGCUCUCAUUCUGACCUCUUUCAAGACAGGCUAUAAAUGUUGCAUAAGAUCAGAAUGGGAGCUCAAAAGUCUUAAGUAAGUUCUUGAGAAAGAGGUAUAUUAAAGGAUGAAUCUGUAUCACACAGCAGCCACAGAUGUCAGUAGGUUAAAUUCCAAUAUGGAUACAUGACCUGGGUCCAAAUACUCAGGACCAGUACAGGCUGUAAUCUUUCCACUGAUUUGACCCCAUACAUGUAUUCUAAGUCACAGUAAUGACUUUACAGCCUGUGCUGCACCUCCUUAUUACUAGGACUCCCCCCCCCCCCCCGUCACAGAGACCUGUAUCCAGUUAGAAAAUCUCAACUGUAUUCCGGUUAUUACACGUUACAUCUUUACAAAAUAUGCUGCCCAUCCACAGAAAUUGUAGAAAAUGUUUAUGUGACAAAAGAUCUCUUUUGUCAUGUGACUCCUUAAUUUCAGACAAUUUUCAUUUGUUCAAAUGUAAAUCCACAUUGUAAAGAUUUUGAUGUUUAUCAUAUAUAAAACUUGUCCCUACCCUACCUUGUUUAAAGAACAGCUGAGCUAUUACAAUGCAGAUUAACAGCCAACAGGCUAAUUAAAACCUUUGUUCAUA